CGCCAAGGAGCAGCCGGCGCGGGGGGCCCGGCCCCGGUGAGCGAGCCUCGGCCCCGGCACCUCCUCAGGGAAGCGGCCCCCGGCUCGGUGCGGGCUCGGUGCGGGCUCUGCCCCGAGGUGUCCGCGCCCCGUCCCCGGGUUUGGCAGCGGGGUGAACGCGUGAGGCGUCCGUGGGAGCGCGGAGCCUGCCGCCAGCUGGCCUCGCCGCACAGGGAGCCGAGGGUCACGUCCCAGCAGCAAGCACCUGAGAUGAUGUAGUGAUGCUCAGUGCUGCUGGCCAUAGUUGAAGCCGUGCUCUUCAGCAGUGGGAUGGGGAAACUGCAGAGUAAAAUCAGCUUCCACAGCACCAAAUACAGGGCUGAUGGCUCCGUGGAAAAGACAGGACCUGGCAGAGGUGUUCAGCAGCACAACCCUGUGCACACCGAUGCAGUCACUUCUGUGGCUGCUCUCAAAGCAGACCUGUGUGUGUCAGGAGGAAAGGAUAAGAGCGUGGUUGUUUGUAACUGGAGAUCUGGAGCUGUGCUGAGGCGGUUCGUUGGCCACGAGCAUGAAGUCACCAAGGUCACCUGUGCCCUCGACUCAAAUAGAAUCUUCAGUGCAUCCCGGGACAAGACAGUAAUGAUGUGGGAGCUUCACAGGACUUCAGGGCCAAGCCAGCACUUCCCAGGACAUGACCUGGUUGUUACUGGACUGGCUGUGAGCCCAGACGCCACUCAGCUGUGCACAGGUUCGCGAGACAACACCGUUUGCAAGUGGGACAUAGAGACCGGAGGGUGUCUGGGCAGAGCUGCUGUCUCCAGGAACCUGGUAACACAUCUGUGCUGGGUUCCUGGGGAGCCCUACAUCAUCCAGACAUCAGAGGAUAAAACUGUCAAGAUGUGGGACAGCCGGGAGCUGCGGGUGGCACACACGUUUCCAGGCAAGCAGCACAUCCAGACGUGCUGCGACGUGAGCCAGGACGGGCGGUACGUCCUCAGCAGCAGCAGCGGCUUCGCUGGGGAGGGCUGCGAAGCAACCCUGUGGGACCUGCGGCAGACGAGGAGCCAAGUGCGUGAGUACAAAGGGCAUUUCCAGACCACAGCCUCAUGUGUCUUCUUUCCACGGGGCCCUGCUCUCGCCCCCAGCAUUGCCACAUCCUCGUACGACAGCAAAGUGAAGGUCUGGGACCAAGACACUGCAGGUAAGGGAGGGUGCUGCCCACUGACUGUGUGCUAGCUACCCUGGGAAAACAAAACUGCUUCCUUGGUUUCUGUCUCCCUGGGGUGAUGAGAACACACCUGUGUGUGCCUGUAACCUCUGGAUUUUAAUCAAAUGCAGCCACGGGGCAGGGUGGAGAUAAGCAGCAGAGCAACUGGU